AUGACUCCCAGAGUAUCUCGCAGCGACUCCAGGCCCCAGUUGCCUAGGACCGGUCAAUCUUCACAUGCUUCUUCCAAUUGGCAACCAAUAUUGGCCCCAUACUCGCGGCGACUAUCAAGCAUCGGGAGUACAACACAGCUGGAAGGGUUUGCUCCCAUCGCCUCUCCUCGCUCACGCCAGUCUCCGACUUCGAGGGGGAAUGUCCAUCUGCUGGCAGCGGCGAGAACUGGAGAGUCGCAUGGUCAGCUCGGACGCUCACGCUCGGCCAUCAAGAGACCCAAAUACAGCCGCAUGAAUCAUACAUCAGUCGAUCGAUUUAUUCCACCGGAACAUGGCUCGGCUGAGAUCCUCGAGCUACCUGAGAUCGACAGUGACAGCACGCCAGAGGAAGUCGAGAACAUUAUCGCACACAUGAUCGACUACUUGUUGAAAUGGACUAAUGGAGAGCUCGUCGAAGGACCAGCAACUAUCCUCCAAGAUAUCAAAGUUAUUCACGACUCGCUGCAAAACAUGUUGGAUCUGCCCGAAGACGUGAUCUCUUCCUCUCUGGUCCACAGCGCGCUCAGAACGCUCAGAAAACAGUACGAGGUAUUCGUCAGCUCUUGGGCACAGGCUGUUCACAGCGCCUUUAACGGCAAGCUCCAUCGUAUCGAAUCUCAGCUCAAGCGGCAUCCCGCGGCCUUAUCGGAGGCAGCAUUCACUUUUCUCAUGUCAGAUAUUCGCAAUGCUUGUUCGAACUACGCCUUACCGGCAUUGCUAGACUCUGCUCAAGACAACAGCCCGUUGCUUGUAUCUGAAGUUGCAGCAAAAAGGUUGUUGAACCGCAGCGUGCGGCUGCACGAAAUCUUUCAGAAUGCAACUUACGUUUCCGAACAACAGCAACUGUGGCUUCUGAUCUGGAGAGCCCUGAAGACUGUCUUCACUGCUUUUGAACAAGGAGGAGCCCCGACGUCUCCAACCAACACAGAGCGCGAUCGCAACUUCUUCAAGCUACCCGGAAUCUAUGGUGAACUCAAGCGGCUGAUCAGCUCACCAGACGCAGUCAAUCCCAGAAGUAUUGAAGAUAUGGUUGGAAAAUACUGCCGAUACAUUUAUAAAUGUCAAGUCGACCGAGGCAACAAAUAUGAAUCCCUCCAGCGACCGCGAGACACGCCUUUGGAAAGUCACACCAAGGAGGCAUUGAGAGAAUUCAUACAAACAGGCAAAUUUGAGAUCAGCACUCUCUCCAAAAUCCAUUUUGCAGUCGCACGAUUUAACGAGAUCAGCGGUGGCCCGGUCGAAGUCAGGAGAUGGCAGCAUGAUACUGGCAAUAGAGAAUGGGAGUUCAUCGCACUGGAUCUGCUGUCCCCUGCCUUGAAGCUCACUCCUGAGAGACGCCCGAGCUACUCGGAUGUUCCUUCGAGUGCACGACGACGCUCAUCCUUCGGAGAUGCAAUGCAGAGGUCACCGAAACGCUUGUUUCCCUUUCCCCGAGGCGUCAACAUGAAAAGCGCUUUUGACUAUGUUUUUUACCCUUUCCCCGAGACGCGUGCUCACGAAGUGGUCCAGCACGAGCAAAUUUCGAGAGAAAUGAGCCAACGCGGAAUCAUGUCGGAAGGUCCACGAGCCGAAUUUCUUAUAAAUCGACCUCCCCGUCAUGCUCGUGAUCCUGCUGAUCUUUCGGGGUCGGACAGGUGGUUCGGCCCGUUUGACUUGAUCCGCACGGCGAUACAGCGACUGUUUCCACAGAGACAGCGUGUACCUGAUGCCAAACGCCCAAAAAUAAACACCCUUCCUUCGCGUUGUUUACCAAGAUCAUCUGCAUUGAAACCACGCCCUCUCCCCAUUGACUCAAAAGCGAGGGUGCACAAGUCCACCUCUACAGCAGCCCCAAAACUCAGACUCCGAGGGGGAGGAGGCCCUCCACUGCAUCGAUCAGCAGCAUCCCUCAACGGAAAGCGUGCUUUCGAUCCAUUGGCAUAUCGGCGGAUGAUGAUGGCAAUCUUCCGAAGGGAACUGGAGACCGAGUAUGGUCGCAGCGUCACUUUCGAAGAACCCCGGAUGUUGCGUUUAUUGAAUUCCACAAGCUAUGACGUUCAGAAGGCUGUACAAUUAUACCAAAGUUCUAGCGGGGACAAAAGCGUUGGUUUCGCCAGAAAUACGGCCAACGAGCCACGCAGAUCCGUCCGCGCAGGCAAAGUUGUCUCUCAUCAAGCCGCGACCAAGAUGGAUCGACAUCGAAGACUCUUCAGACAGACGCCUGCCGGUGACAGUGCAGAGAUAUAUGCGUACCGAAUGAAUACUGUGGCUCAGCCCGUCUCUGGGCCAUUUGAAGCACUUCCGGCAGGAGAGUAUGGUGAUGAUGCCGACCAUAACUACGGCCACCGACAUUUCCAGAGACCAGUUCUGGGUGAGCUUCCUGUGGGUGCGGACGCUCGUGAUGAUGGGAGUGAUGAUGACCACAAUCACGACCACCAACUUUUACAAAGACCAGUGCUUGGUGAACUUCCCUUAUGUGUGGACCCUCAUGAUGGAGACGGGGGCGACGACAGUACUCAACACAGCUCCAAUCAAGAAAACCAUACGCCUGGGCCUCCCGACCCUCCUCAGCCUCCUCGCCGCUCUCCCUCUCCUGAACCUAUCCACUGGCGUUGUCACCCUUGCCCUGUAUUUGAGGGUCAGUAUCAUCACGUGUGUGUUUGUACCGGUGUUGUGAGCCCCAGGCCGACUCCGGAUUUUCCGAUCCAUGAAGAUGAGAACGCGGUUGAGAGACCGAACCUAGAUUCGAGUCCUCGCUCGACCAGUCGACAGAGGGGAAAUUCUGCAGGAGAUCAUGGGGGUCGACAAACUGGAAGUCGAGCUGGCAGUCAGGCUGGCAGUCAAGCUAGCCAUCAAGCUGAGGACCAAGCUGAGAAUCAGGCGCCUCGCCGACGACCACGAAGAGAAGAUGCACGAGAUGACGAUGGUCUUUAUGUGCAUGAAGUAUUUGCACGCGAUCCGGGCUACACUAACGCGCUGAGAGAUCUUGGGAGCGAUGGAGCCCUCUAUCAGGUUGUGACUGACAUAUUCUCCCCGCAGCCAAACUGGAUCACCAACCCCAGGUUACGGGAAAAGCUGUGUACAACACUCGACGCUCUGGUAACCGAAAUCAUGACGCUAAGGGACCAAUAUCUUGCGUUGCUGGAAGCGCCGGAGCCUUUUAUGGAAGCGGUCACAACAGGUGACGUUCGGGCGCCAAACCCAGAUGUUCCUGCCACCUUUAUGAUCUGUCAAAGAGCGACGAACGAAGUGAAGCAGCAUUAUGAUCGACUAUUUCAAUUCUUUGACGGAAACCAAUCGCGACCACACCUCGGGUUCCGUCGCCAGUUUAAUCGGCUUAUUGUCGCCGUGAGAGAGUUACGGCUUCUGUUUCUGGAGCACUGCCAGGCAGCAGUCGACGAUGGAAAUGUGGCAGGCAGUCAACAGCAGCCUGGUCGAGGAAGUAGACGGCCGAGUCAAGAGGACAAUCAAGAAGAGAGCAGCGACGAUACGCACACGGACUCCGAGGCGACUCUUUCCUCGGCCGAAACAGCACGGGUCGCCAGCGGCCGACCUCCAGCAAGACGCAUCAACGUUGUGCCGACUCGUGCACAGUACGAGCUGAUGUUUCUGGACGAACUGGAGCGCGAAAUGAGACAUCGCGGAUUCGCUAACGUGGCACAGACCCUGGGGAAGAACAGGUACAAGAAGGUCGAUGUGAUCGAUAAACUUAUGGAGUUCGACAGAGAAGGCACCCAUCUUGGGUCCGGCGCCGACAAUGGGUAUCGCCAUCUCAGCGGAUUGUUAACAGCCCGAACUCGACCGAAAGGAUUCAAUUUGGAAGACAUGAUCAGGCAGGGCGAUAUCACGCGGGUGAGGUUGAGACUCACGCUUAAGGCCGCGAGGAAGAGACAACGGCAAGAAGCGAGGAAUACCCGAGGGAUGCAUUCACCAGCGUCAGUGAGGCCGAGGGUGUCGCCGAAUCGACAGGCUCUUCCCGCUGGUGCUGCCCGCAGACCUAGGGCUGGCGUUCCCUCAAUCUCGAGCCAGAGUUCCGAGGAGUCAGACACGCCGAGUCCGGACUACCGAAAGGUGCGCUAG